UUCAGUCAAAUUUUUCCCGUUGAACGCGCAUGUUUGCGCCACCUUGUCACUCUAAACGCGAUUUACAACCAGAAAAUACCCCAAAAUGUACAAAUAAAACGAUAAAAAACCAAUCGGCAAACGAAAAUAAAAAAACACCUCUCAUUUAAUACAGAAAACCAUCGGGAGUUGUGAUUUAACAAAAUAACUGCAGCUGUGAGUCCCGACGCCAGGCGCAGGCUAGAGCGAGACAACGCUAUCGUCCGUGUGUGUGCAAUUUGUUGAUAGUAUUUCCUGUUGUUGUUGUAAAAAAUGCGCCGCUUGCAGCCGAACAACAACAAAAAGAACUGAAACAGCAAAAAGAACGGCGUAUGCCGGCAAAACAAGCGUAAACGUAAAUUCGAUUGAUGAAAAAGGCGCAGAAUAAGAAAAACAAGAAGCAUGCACAAAUCGCCAAAGAAUACACAACAAAAGUGGAGUGAGCAUUAGUCGCGUGCGUAUGUAUGUGUGCUGUGUUGUGUGCGCGUUAACUGCGUGAGUGUGAGUGCCAAGGAAGAGGAGCCACAAACAUAAACGAAAAAAGUGGAAGGAAAUCGAAAGCCAAGAUGUUGUAAACAAAAACUUGGUAAAUUCAUAUUACCUGCAAACGCCAACGACGGUUUCCAGUUCAAUCAGCGCUUAAAAUACACAGAAAAUGGCCAGCGAGGGAAGAAACAAUAUCAGCAGUGGUUUCUAUAUGUGGAGCUGGGUAAUCUUUGGACAUCUGAUACUUCAGCUGAUUGGAAGCACAGUGGGAAGUCAAGCCCUCUCGUUCACCUUGGAGCCGCAGGAUGCCGUGGUGCCCGAGGGCCACUCAGUGCUGCUGCAGUGCUCGGGCAGUGCCACCCUGGGACGCGGAGCCAAGGGAAAGGCCAACUCGCCCGCUCCCGUGACUAUACGGUGGCGAGGACCCGAUGGCCAGGACCUGGUCAUAGUGGGUGACACGUUGCGAACGCAGUUGAAGAACGGAUCCCUGUACAUCAGCUCUGUGGAGGAGAAUCGUGGAUUGACGGGCGCCUAUCAGUGUCUGUUGAGUGCCGACGGCGUGGGCAGUGUGCUCAGUCGUCCGGCUCUGGUGGCCAUUGCCCGGCAGCCGGAUCUGAAUCAAGACUUUCUGGAGACCUAUCUUUUGCCCGGACAGACGGCCUACUUCCGGUGUAUGGUGGGUGAAUCCAGUUGGCAGGAGGGUGUCAAGCACACAGUGCAGUGGUUCAAGGAUGACCUGCCGCUGCCGCUGGACAAGCUGCGCAUGGUGGUCCUGCCCAACGGAGCCCUGGAGAUUGAUGAGGUCAAUGCGGCGGACCGCGGCUCCUACCAAUGCAACGUCACCUCCGGCAGCCUGUCCCGGCUGAGCAGCAAGACCAAUCUGAACAUCAAGAAGGGCACCGAGCCGGGGGCGGAGAAUGCAGUGGCGCCCUCGUUUCUCGUGGGACCUUCACCCAAAACUGUGCGCGAGGGCGACACGGUCACCCUGGACUGUGUGGCCAACGGAGUGCCCAAGCCGCAGAUUAAAUGGCUGCGCAAUGGUGUGGACUUGGAUCUUAACGAUCUGGAUUCGCGCUUCUCCAUCAUUGGAACUGGCUCGCUGCAAAUCUCCAGCGCCGAGGACAUAGAUUCAGGGAACUACCAGUGCCGGGCUAGCAAUACUGUGGACUCUUUGGAUGCCCAGGCCACAAUGCAGGUCCAGGAGCCGCCCAAGUUCAUCAAGGCGCCCAAGGAUACCACCGCUCAUGAGAAAGACGAACCAGAGCUGAAGUGCGACAUCUGGGGUAAGCCCAAGCCCACCAUUAAGUGGCUGAAGAACGGUGAUCUCAUCACGCCCAACGACUACAUGCAACUGGUGGAUGGUCACAACUUGAAGAUCCUGGGCCUGCUCAACUCCGAUGCCGGAAUGUUCCAGUGCGUGGGCACCAAUGCCGCCGGCAGUGUCCAUGCUGCAGCCCGUCUGCGGGUGGUGCCACAAGGAGUGAAAAUCAAAAAACGUAAAAACCAAGGCCAGUCCACCAAAUCCCUGCAGACCUUAGACAAUCCCACCAAGCGACGCAAACCAUUUAAUUCUGGUGAGCAGCUGCGUACCAAGUCCGGUGGCAGUCUCCGCUUUUCAAACGAAGACGAUGACGAUGACCUGGACAACGACGACGACGACGAUUCUAGUACGACUCGCAUAAGGAUGCAACCGCUCAACGAUCGCCGGUUUGAGAUUAUGAACGCAGCGAGUGCUCUGAGGAAGGAGAGUGCCCAGAGUUACGAGGACGAUGACGACAAUGACGAUAACUAUGACGAUGACGAUCCCGCGGCCAUUGCUGCUGCCCAGGCGGCGUACAAGAAAGGCGAGGAUCCACAGAAAAUACUGGACAACUGGCAGGAGAGCAAGAUCAAGAAAUCCCAGCAGCAGCAGCAAAAAAAAUCCUUCCCUGCUUCCCCAGAUUCCCCCGAACAGGAUUCCAGUGCAGCAAGUUCCUCCGGUGCCGGUAAACCCCUAAGCAGUGGACUCCAAGCCAGGCUGCCCAGCCAGCCGCGUGAUCUUGUGGCCCAGAUAGUGAAGCCACGCUUUGUGACCCUCAGCUGGGUGGAGCCCCUCCAGAAUGCCGGCGAAGUGGUCUACUACACGGUCUUCUACAAGAUGAACAACAGCGAGAGGGAACAAAAAAUGGUUACCAAAUCGCAUGACGAUCAACAGGUCAACAUUCAGUCUCUAUUGCCAGGCAGAACCUACCAGUUCCGUGUGGUGGCCAAUACAAAUUUCGGCAGCGGUGAAUCCUCUGCUCCACUGGAGGUCAGCACGCAGCCGGAGGUGAACAUUGCUGGGCCACCGCGCAGCUUCGAGGGCUAUGCCCGCAGUCACAAGGAGAUUUAUGUGCGUUGGGAGGAGCCGGCAGUGACCAAUGGGGAGAUACUCAAGUAUCGCGUUUACUAUUCAGAGAACGAUAGCGGCGCUGAUUUGUAUCACGACAGCACCACCAUGUUUGCCUUGCUCACAGAGCUGCGUCCACACACGGACUAUGUGAUCUCGGUGGUGCCCUUCAAUAGGAAUGGAAUGGGGGAUCCGUCGUCGGAGAUUCGGGUGAAGACAUUCUCUUCCACGCCCUCAGAGCCGCCCAAUAAUGUCACCCUAGAAGUAACCAGCUCAAGCUCUAUAACUGUGCAUUGGGAGCCACCGGCGGAGGAGGAUCGUAAUGGACAAAUAACUGGCUACAAGAUUCGCUAUCGCAAGUACAAGGACGCUCCCCAGGUGAAGAGCACACCGGCAAAUAUUCGUUACUUCGAGCUGAGCAGCCUGGAUCGCAAUGCCGAGUACCAGGUGAAGAUUGCGGCCAUGACGGUCAACGGUUCGGGACCCUUUACAGAGUGGCAUCGUGCCAACACCCUGGAAAACGAUCUCGACGAGACCCAGGUGCCGGGCAAACCGAUUUGGAUUAAUAUUCACCCAGGAGCAGACAACAUAGCGCUCCACUGGGGUCCCCCGCAGCAGCCGGAGAUCAAGAUACGUAACUACGUGCUGGGCUGGGGUCGCGGCAUUCCCGAUGAGAACACCAUCGAACUGAAGGAAACGGAACGCUAUCAUAUUCUCAAGAACCUGGAACCCAAUAUGGAAUAUGUGGUUUCCUUGCGGGCGCGAAACGUUAAGGGUGACGGCGUACCCAUCUACGAUAACAUAAAGACCCGCGACGAGGAGCCUGUGGAUGCACCCACGCCGCUGGAGGUGCCUGUGGGACUGCGCGCCAUCACCAUGUCCAGCUCCUCCAUUGUGGUCUACUGGAUUGACACGAUGCUGAACAAGAACCAGCAUGUGACGGACAAUCGUCACUACACGGUCAGCUAUGGCAUCACGGGAUCCAGUCGGUAUCGCUACCAUAACACCACCGAUCUCAACUGCAUGAUCAACGAUCUGCGGCCCAAUACGCAGUACGAAUUUGCCGUGAAGGUAGUGAAGGGUCGCCGGGAGUCGUCCUGGUCCAUGUCCGUGCUGAACCAGACGCAUCAAAAUGUGCCGGUUACGCCGCCCCGCGAGGUCACUGUACGCCUGGACGAGCAAAAUCCGCCCACAGUUAUCAUCCAGUGGAUGCCGCCAAAGCACACAGUGGGUCAGAUCACUGGCUAUAACAUUUACUACACCACGGACACCACAAAGCGAGACAGGGACUGGUCCAUAGAGGCUUUUGCCGGAGAGGAAACCUCGCUGAUGCUGCCUAAUCUAAAGCCCUACACCACCUAUUACUUCAAGGUGCAGGCACGGACAACCAAGGGCAACAACAAUGCUCCAUUCUCGGCGCUGGUGUCUUACACCACCAGUGCGGCGGUCAUAAUGCAGGAGGCGGACACCAUAGCCAAGGGAAUUGACAACGAGAAGCUGCUGUACAUCAUUGUAGGAGCCACUGCUGUGGUGUUAGUGGUGGUGCUCUUGGGUAUACUGCUGCUCUGCCGGCGCAAGCCGCAAUCUUCGCCUGAGCAUACCAAGAAGAGUUACCAAAAGAACAAUGUUGGGGUACCAAAGCCACCAGAUCUCUGGAUACACCAUGACCAAAUGGAGCUGAAAAACAUCGACAAGGGCUUGCACACCGUGACGCCUGUUUGCAGCGAUGGAGCUUCUAGCAGCGGUGCUCUGACUCUGCCACGUUCGGUGGUUCACAGCGAAUACGAGGUGGAGACACCAGUUCCACCUCAUGUGACCAAUUCGUUAGACAAGCGUUCCUACGUGCCGGGUUAUAUGACCACCUCGAUGAACGGAACAAUGGAGCGACCGCAGUAUCCACGCACUCAAUACAGCCACCAGAACCGUUCCCACAUGACCAUGGAGGCAGGCCUGUCCCAGCAGAGCCUCACCCAGCCGCAGAGCAGCUCGAUGGCCCAGACGCCUGAGCAUCCCUACGGCGGCUACGAUGCCAAUUUCUGCAAUGCGGGCAACGGAGCAGCUGGCGGCAAUGGCUGUGUGUCCACCAUUGAGAGUGCCAAGCGCGGGCAUCCGCUGAAGAGUUUCAGUGUCCCGGGACCACCGCCCACAGGCGGAGCCACGCCCAUUAACAAGCACACCCCUGCAGUCACAAUACGUCCACAAAACCAAUCGCCCUACAAGAAGCCAUCGUUCUCGGCAGCCACACCGAAUCGCCUGCAAAGCGGCGGCUCGGUGGCCCACUCAACCGAUGAGAUUCAAAGACUGGCCCCCAGCACAUCCACCGAGGAGCUCAACCAGGAGAUGGCCAAUCUGGAGGGGCUGAUGAAGGAUCUAAGCGCCAUCACGGCGAACGAAUUCGAGUGUUAACCGGCUGAAAGUAUUAGUCAUCGUCAAACAAUAGAUGUUACUUGUUUUUUAGUUUCUGUUUUUUUGUAUAUUGAGUUAACUCGAAUUUGUGAACCGCAACCGACUUGAAUUGAGUUAAGUUACCUUACCCGGUGGGAGGUCCGUUUAGUUUUUAGUUAAUCAAAUGUGCGAUAUAUUAAUGUAAAUACGAACGAAGCCGCCAUAUACGUUUUGUAAGUCUAGAUACCCACAUUCAUACCUAUAAAUAUAGCAGCUAAGCCUAGUUAAUUAUCGUAUAAGGAAGGGAGAGUGUAAAAACGAGGAAAUGGAACAGAUUUCAACGAAGAAGAGGAGCCUUCACUGUGCAGGAUAUCUGUCUCUGAACUGCCACACACCAUAUUUCAUACUUACCACACACACUUGCAUCAGCAUCUUAAUUUCGUAGUCUAAGUCCAACAUACAUAUGCCAUUCUAUAUACAUAGGCGAACUAAGCUAAGUUUCAUACUAGUAAAGACCCUAAGAACGUAUUUCUACUGCUACUUACUAUAUAAUCCCCACAAACAAUCAAAAACAAUUCGAUCUAGACUUGCGCCUCUUAAAGUGUUCUCUCCCCUGUUUGUUUUUAUCCCCUCACAAUCAUGCAUGACUUGGAUACGUGCCAUUCAAACACCAGCCCCACGCAAUUACUUAAGCCAUAAAGUCAAGUUAUAGACUGUAAGCCAGCAAAGCAUUUACGAUUUCAACUAAAUACUAUUGAUUAAUGCCACAAAAUAAACUUUUUUAAAAGAUUUUGAUGUGUUCAAAAUGUUAAUUGCCAAGAAAGUUUAAUAAUUUUAUGCGUUGUUCGUCAUGGAACGCUCUCUGUAUUCAACAAUGCUUUGCACAAUAAUCUCAUUACACUCAGCAAUAAAAAAAAAACAAAUGCAGAGGGAAAUGCAUUUGAAAAUUGUGAAAUUUUAAUGUGUAUCGAACGUCAAACUUUGUAAUCAAAAGUGAAAUUUGCUAAAUAUAUAAAGAAUAUGUGAAAGGAA